AGACAAUCAGUAACACCAACAUGGCGAGCCUGAUAACAUCUCUUGGUACCGCAAGAGUCCGGAUCUUUCGACCAUUCACGGCGGUAAACCGAUGCUUCACGACGGCAGACCGACGUUUCAAGUCGGUAGACCGACGUUUCCAGACGGCAGACCGACGUUUCAAGACGGUAGACCGACGCUUCACCAAGAUAGACCCCGCCGUCGCCGACGAAGUGCUUCGAUUCUCCCUCGAUGCUCCCGUACAUGAGGCCCUUACGCCGCCUUCUAGCUGGUACAGGAAUCCUGGGAUCCAUGAGCUGGAAGCAGACACCGUGUGGAGAAACAACUGGGUGGCUGUAGGAAGGACGGACCAAGUUUCUACCCCAGGGGCAUUCUUCACUGGCACCAUCGGGAGAGAGCCUUUCAUAGUGUCGUCCGACAGGUCCAACACCCUGAGAGCUUUCUACAACGUCUGCUGUCACCAUGGUAACGUCGUGGAGUGGCGGGAAGCUGGAGAGGCGAGCGAGUUCGUCUGCUGCUACCAUGGGUGGACAUACGCGCUGGACGGCAGGCUGAGGAAGCCAACAAAACUUCGGGGUAUCAAAAACUUCGUGGCAGCACAAAACGGGCUGAAGCCCAUAGGAGUGCGCACCUGGGGUCCAUUGGUAUUCCUUCGUCUGGCAGGAUAUCCGGACGAAGAUGAUUUCGACCAGAAGGUGGGUCCGCUGGCACAGGAGCUGGAGGAGAUGGGGUUCACCCGCGGCAUGCGCCACAUCUGCCGCCGGCAGUACCAGCUCAGAUGUAACUGGAAACUGAUCGUGGAUAACGCGGCAGACAGCGGAUAUCAUUUGGAGUACGUCCAUCGCGACCUGUCAUCCAAUCUGGACCUCAGCACCUUCAGAACAGAAGUGGGAGACAUCUACAACAUGCAGGUGUGCAUCGGUAAAGAUGACAACGACAACACUUUAAAGCGUCAGCGAAUCGGCUCAAAGGCGGUGUACUCCUGCAUCUAUCCGAACCUGCUGGUCAACAGGUACGGUCCGUGGCUGGACAUCAACAUCCUGCUGCCCCUGGGGCCUGACCGCUCCCUGAUGAUCUAUGACUUCUACCUGAAGGAGAGUUUCGCGGAGGAGAUGAGCGAGACAGAGUUGGCGGAGUUUAUCGAGCAGAGCCUUAAGGACAGUGAUCAGGUCCAGCAGGAGGACACGAGGGUGUGUGAGGGGGUUCAGAGAGGCAUGGAGUCCACUGCGUUCGACGUGGGACGUUACGCCCCCGGACCGGAAAUGCCUGUGCACGCCUUCCACCUCCAACUCGCGCGAGAUCUGAGGGAGGGAUUGGAGCACCACGAGUCUAUGUACAGUACCAAUUGAAGAAAUUAGCAUAAAAGUUCAUCUGCGCUGGCAAAAUAUAUUAUGAGAAAGUUUAAAUUUCAGACGGGGGACGAUGUCGACUUCCGACCAACUUUGACCCAUUGUGACAUUACAACUGACGUCACAACUGAAUCCACGUGAUCAUAGCGUUCGGGUCAGACAGUGAUUUGGUCGAAAAUUGUGCCACGGUGAAUAAUUCUGUGAGUUGGGGCACAGUUUUAAAUUUCUCAUAACUGAUUAAAUUGUCUCGGGGGUAUAUACAAGUUUCGCUUUUGCUAACG